AUGUAAUAAAUAAUAAAAAAGAUGUUAUUAGUUAGGCCCGCAAAGAAAAAAAAAAAUAGAAAAAGAAAAAUUAUAAUAAAGAAUAUUUCCAAAACAAAAAAUAUGCUCAUAUUCAGGACUUGUCCAACGAGAAGAGUAGAUAUUUUAUAAAGCAGAAGUCGGUCACUGACUCAUAAAAGGAGUAGAGAGAAAAAGUGGUAGUACCUUCACCUUCCUGUCCUUUCCUUUCUUUUCCCUUCGUUCAAACAGCAAUUACGACUGCGGUUUAGCUCGCGCGUCUGCGAAUUCACCAUCUCUGUGGUGGGUUUCAACUUCACAAACAGUGGAUUAGAAGAAGAAAAUGUCAGAUUACUUCCUAUUCCUGCCUGGAGAUGUGCUGAUCGACAUCCUUGCUAGACUACCCCUCAAAACCCUAGUCCGAUGCACCUCUGUCUGCAAAUCAUGGUACUCUCUGCUCACAAACCCUAGUUUCAUUACCAAACACCUCAAUCUCAAUCGAUCUCCAUCCAACAACUACAACGAACUUCUACUCGUUCGAAGCUACACUUCUCGUGAUGAUGGGGAUGAGCAAGAGCAUUAUUCACUACGUUUCGAUGAUAACGGUAUGUUCUUAGAGUAUCAAGAGCUUGACUUGCCAUUGAAGAGCUACUGCAACCAUUAUUUUAGGAUCAUCGGUAGCUGCAAUGGCCUCAUUUGCCUCUCAGACGAUCAGUUCAUGUAUAUCCCUGGUAUCUUUCUCUGGAAUCCUUCCAUUCGAAAGGUUUUGCCCCUUAACCCACUUCCUAUCACCUUUAAAUCUCACGGUCCAUACACGCAUACCAUUGGCUUUGGCUUUGAUUCCAUCACCGAUGAUUACAAGGUCGUCCGGAUUGUGCGUCUCCAGUUUGUCCGCAAGUCGGAGAUUGACAUUUUCAGUCUCAGCACCGGCACUUGGCGCAACAUCAGUCAUGUGGCUCUUCCACAUAUCACCAUCGAUGAGAAGGCUCCCCAGGCUUAUCUCAAUGGGGCUGCACAUUGGAUUGCUUCCUCAUUGCGCGGUCACCGCGGCUUGAUCGGUCACGGCAGCUUGAUUGUGUCCUUCCACAUGGGUCAUGAGGAAUUUGGUGAAAUUAUGCUGUCUAAUAGAAUCAUGGUUCAUUCCAAUUACUUGAUGAUGCCAAAUUACCCUUAUUUUCGCGUUGACAAGUUUCAGGAAUCAUUGGCUGUCAUCCUCUUUAGUGGUUGUAGCGAAGACAAUACUUGUCGCGUAUGGGUGAUGAAAGAGUAUGGAGUAACGGAGUCUUGGACUCAGCAAUUCAAUAUUGAUAUGACUCAAACAUUCAAUACCCUUGCUGGCUUCACAAGGAAAGGUGAACUUCUACUGGCAACGAGUGAUGGGUACCUGGUAGCUCAUGAUCCCCAAGCAGGACGAUCAACCCAUCUUUUUAUUCGUGGGACCACACAUUCAAUUUAUAGGUACUCAUUUUACGCAGAUGCUUACACAGAGAGCCUAGUUUUACUUGGAAAUAGAUUUUGUGAUACAGGCACUUCUGAGGAAUCAUGACCUGGGGCUGGGGCUGUUGUGGGGAAGUGUGGUGCUGAGGAAAUCAAGAACAGGUUUGUGACGGGGGUAGAAACCGAAAGUGAGGAAACAAAUGAAGAUGGACAACUGUGAAAAUAGUAGAGCCGUAGAAGUUGUAUAGUGAACUCUUCUCCUGCUUGUAGUUAGUUUUACCUUGCUUACAAUAUUUAUACUAUAUAUCGAUGUAAAAGUAUUAUUCACUCGUGAUGCUGUUGGACUCUUGGAGCAUUUGCGUUUGAUUUGAGAUUCUUUGGAAAAGAUUUAAAUCACUCAUGAUGCUAUUGAACUCUUUGAGCAUUUGGGCUUGAUAUGCCUUGUAGAUUUUAUGUGGAAAAUAUUGUGAAUUAUCCUUUAUUGCUUAUCUUUCGAUUC